AUGGCUUUUUGCGAACCUUCCUUGCUCAGAUGGACUUCGACUGAGAGGUCGCCUGAUGUCCUUGAUGUUGAGAAGGAGGACUAUGAUGCCGUACGUAGGUUGGUGAAGUUGUGGGAUGCGAGAGGACUCCUUUUCUUGCGUGAUGAGCCGAUGUCAGGUGAUGAGGCUGACCUCUCCAUGCGUUUAUUCAACUGCCACAAGAAUGUCAGUGCGGACCGCAUGAUAGGGGAUAGGAGAGCUAUGAACUUUGUGGAAGGCACCAUCCCAGGUGCUUCACGUUGUUUGCCUUCAGUCCUUCUUUUGGCAAAUUUGAAAGAGACUCUUGCGUUUUCAGCUUGGUGCGAAAGAAAUCAGAAGAAGUCUGCCUAUGAUCGACUGAAGCAUGACGAUCUUUUUGAAAGGGGUGGUCUUGGAUUUUGGAAGAGGAAGUCGAAGGUGCCAGACUGGUUUCAGAGCCGUUUUGCCAGCAUCCCUCAGGGUGACCACUUUGGAGUUGAAUUUGCAGUUGAUGUCCACCGAAACCUCUUGAAGGACUAUGGACUUCUUUGUGAUGACCAGGAGCUUAGACCUGACAGGCUGUUUCGUGGAAGGAAGGUUGCCUCAGGUUUGGUGAUGGAUGACUUCUACACUGUGUCAGUGCAGGACGUGUAUGACAGCCAUGUGUCCUCUGCUUCUCGUGCGCAUCUUCUCACGGCAUCUCAGGCUUAUGAUGACCAUGAGACUCUGGGCUCCAAAGAGAAGGACGUUAUUGGUCCUGACAAAGCAAAGGUCACAGGGGCUGAAUUGGGCACGUCGGCAGCGGUGAAGGAGCUCAACAUGGCCACUUUGGCAUCACCCACCAUGAAGCGUUUGGCCUUGAAUUUUGUUUCAUUGGAGCUUGCAAAAAUGCGGUGCUGGUCUAUGAUGUCACUUUUGGACUUCAGUUUUGGCUUUGUUUUGAAUGAUGAAGUGCGAGAAGAUGGCCCCAAGCUGAUACUGUUGUCGCGCGCGGUAGCACAAGAGUUGGUGCCCCUGGCAGUGCUAUGCCCCUUCAUGGCCGCUGACUUGAUGGCCCGGAUUUCGCCCACCAUUUUUGCGUCUGACUCCUCUGACAAAAAGGGGGCCAUCGUUGCUACGGAUGCGAAUGAGGAGGUUGCCCGCGCCCUUUGGAGAUCGGGCAAAAAGAAAGGUGGUUAUAUCAGGUUGCUGAACCAAACUCAGGCCCUUUUGAAGAAGUUGGACCCAGACUUUGAGGAGCCUGAAAGGUGGCGGCUGCAAUGUCAAGACAUGGCUGGAACGCGCACGAAGAUGCGGCGCCUAGAGGAGUGGCAGAGGCUUCUGGAGUUAGGCAAGGCUGGAGAGACCUGGACCGCAAGUUGUAUGUUUGGUAGCACUCACAACAAAGAACUCAUGUCCCUGUUUUGCCUUUUAGCAGCCCAAAGCUUGCACCGGAAGUGUGACCUCAGCCACAUGCAUGUCAAGGUUCAAGGUCAGUUCACCAAGAUUACGGCCGUCUAUACCGAUGACCUAGCAGAAGCUCUUGCCGCUGUCUUCAGUAGAGCCAUAGCCAAAAAGUUGCGAAAAGAAACGUUAUCAGAGCCAGAAGUCCGAGGUUGGGAAAGCCCCUUAUGCAAUGAUGUGCUUGUCAGUGCGCGAUGGAGGCCUGUCUCCUUAUGGACUUGGAGAGGACCUCAUCACAUCAAUGUUUUGGAAGGCUGUGUGGUGUUGUCCUUCCGGAAGAAACUGGUUUUGGUCUCCCCAGGUGUCCGUCAGGUUUUUGCUUUGGACCCCAGCGUUGGACUUCCUGCCCUUGCCAAAGGUCGUUCACCGUCCUAUGGACUUCGUCCUUUCAUCAGGAAGGCAGGGGCCUCCGUUGUCGCUGAGCGUUUGUACCCUGCAUACCAGUUCGCCCCAACACGGUUGAAUCCUGCUGAUCGCCCUACCAGAGACAAUGCCCCUCCGCCUUCCUUGAUGAGUUCUCUGCCUCUUUCACCGGAACUUGCGGACCUUUUGGAUUUUGCCGAGAUUUCCAUGCUUUCAUGGCCUGCUGCAAAUUGGGUUCGGUCAUCCGUGGUUCUGCCAGAAGGACGACCAGUGUUAGGGAAGACACAACUCCAGCGAGACCGCUUGCUGGAUGAGUUCGACAGGUUGCUGCAGCAAGCAUGGGACCUGGCCUAUGCAUGGGUUAGACAGGAGCCUCCAUGUCACCAUUUAGCGCUUCCGUGGCAGGCAUUGCUGAGUUUGGUUGCAACUGCUUUUUACUGGGGUUGGAUAAAGGAGGCAGGAAUUAUCGCUCUGUCCUGGGGUGGUCUCACGAGAAUCGGUGAAGCACUUGGUGCUUUCAGAUGGCAGCUGGUUCUACCAAGAGACAUCGAGUACACUGCGGAUUAUGCCCUUUUACAGAUCGACGAGCCGAAGACCAGGUAUCGUGCGGCUCGACACCAAGUAGCAAAGAUCGACCAGCCUCAAUUGAUGUCAGUGCUGGAUGUGGCUUUUGGACGCUUGGGUCAGAAACAACCUCUCUGGCCUUUUUCUGGACAAACAAUGCGACUGCGCUUUCAAAAGCUGCUGGCGGCAAAUGGUUUGGACAGGCUACCGAAAUCCAUAUCCAGAGGUUUAGACCUGGGAAGCCUAAGAGCUGGUGGUGCUUCGUGGCUCAUGGCAGUGACGGAUAACCCAGAUCUGACGAGACGCCGAGGCAGAUGGAUCACCAAUAAGGUGAUGGAAAUCUACGUGCAAGAAAUCUCCGCGGUGCAGUUCAUUCCCAACCUGCCUCAAGCGUCGAAACGUCAGAUCACAAAUGGAGCGGCCCUCUUUCCAUGGAUGCUGGAACAUGUACAGAGCUUGAGUCGGAUGCAGAUUCCUUCAAGCGUUUGGCCAAUUUUCUUCCAGGAAGCAGCUGACAAGCUUGCGGAUUUUGAAGCUGCGAACUAUGGCGUCUGUUGGGACCUCCCAGUGCUGAUCCUGACGGCACUCAUUGUCACACGCACCUGCACGGACGGGACGUUUGCCAACGAUGUGGCGCUAGGGUGCGCCUUCACAGGGCCGGCAGAGCAAGACCAAUAG